AUGGCCGCUAGCUCCUCCCUCGACCACCUGUCCAACCGGAUGAAGCUGGAGUGGCACUCCAAGCUGAACACCGAGAUGGUGCCGGCAAAGAACUUCCGCCGCACCUCCAUCAUCUGUACCAUCGGUCCCAAGACAAACUCCGUUGAGAAGAUCAAUGCCCUCCGCAGAGCUGGUCUCAAUGUCGUUCGCAUGAACUUCUCUCACGGCUCAUACGAGUACCAUCAAUCCGUUAUCGACCACGCUCGGGAAGCCGAAAAGCAGCAGGCUGGACGCCCCGUCGCCAUUGCUCUUGACACUAAAGGACCUGAGAUCCGUACCGGAAACACCGUCGACGACAAGGACAUUCCCAUCAAGGCUGGCCAUGAGAUGAACAUCACCACCGAUGAGCAAUAUGCCACCGCCUCCGAUGACCAGAACAUGUACCUCGACUACAAGAACAUCACCAAGGUGAUCUCUGCCGGCAAGCUCAUCUAUGUUGAUGACGGUAUCCUGUCAUUUGAGGUUCUCGAAGUUGUAGACGACAAGACUCUGCGCGUCCGAUGCCUGAACAACGGCAACAUCUCUUCCCGCAAGGGUGUCAACCUGCCUGGCACCGACGUAGACCUGCCCGCUCUUUCCGAGAAGGACAUCAGCGAUCUGAAGUUCGGUGUCAAGAACAAGGUCGACAUGGUCUUUGCUUCUUUCAUCCGCCGUGGUAGCGACAUCCGCCACAUCCGUGAGGUUCUCGGUGAAGAGGGCCGUGAAAUCCAGAUUAUCGCCAAGAUUGAGAACCAACAAGGUGUUAACAACUUUGACGAGAUUCUGGAGGAGACCGAUGGUGUCAUGGUCGCCCGUGGUGACCUUGGUAUCGAAAUUCCCGCCCCUAAGGUGUUCAUCGCCCAGAAGAUGAUGAUCGCCAAGUGUAACAUCAAGGGCAAGCCCGUCAUCUGCGCCACCCAGAUGCUCGAGUCCAUGACAUAUAACCCCCGUCCCACUCGUGCUGAGGUGUCCGACGUCGCCAACGCUGUUCUCGAUGGUGCUGACUGUGUCAUGCUUUCUGGAGAGACCGCCAAGGGUAACUACCCUUGCGAGGCUGUGACCAUGAUGUCUGAGACCUGUCUCCUUGCCGAGGUUGCCAUUCCUCACUUCAACGUUUUCGACGAGCUGCGCAACCUCGCUCCUCGUCCCACCGAUACCGUUGAGUCCAUUGCCAUGGCUGCUGUCAGUGCCAGUCUGGAGCUGAACGCCGGCGCCAUUGUCGUCCUCACCACCAGUGGAAACACUGCCCGCAUGAUCUCCAAGUACCGCCCUGUCUGCCCCAUCAUCAUGGUUUCUCGCAACCCUGUUGCUUCUAGGUAUUCUCACCUGUACCGUGGCGUCUGGCCGUUCUACUUCCCCGAGAAGAAGCCCGACUUCAACGUCAAGAUCUGGCAGGAGGACGUCGAUCGCCGUCUCAAGUGGGGUAUCAACCACGGUCUCAAGCUCGGCAUCAUCAACAAGGGCGACAACAUCGUCUGUGUCCAGGGCUGGCGCGGUGGUAUGGGCCACACCAACACCGUCCGUGUGGUCCCCGCCGAGGAGAACCUUGGUCUGUCUGAGUAA